AUGAGGUGGGCACGCGCGGCCGUGGAGAGGCUGUGCCAGCGCGCGCGCCGGGUGGACUUUCUGCGCGAGACCUGCCGGCAAUACCCUUUGUUUUGCUGUAUCUUUUUGGGGUUCAGUGUGGCAACGCUCCUGCUCAGCCGGUAUCGUCACAUCUUAAUGAUCUUCUGGUCUUUUGUGGCGGGAUUUGUAACAUUCUAUUGUUACUUAGGACCAGAUACCCUCUUACCAAAUAUUCUGUUUACAAUAAAACAAAAAUCCAAGCAAUUAAAAUUGCAAGAACAAUCUUCCCAGAAUGGCAGUUGUGCUAUAUGUGGAGAUAUCAAAUGUAGUAGACAUGGACAUGCAUCGCUACUAGAAGAUUAUCAGCCUUGGUUGGGCCUGAAAGUUCCUUCUAAAGUUGAUACUUCCUUAUCAGAGAUGUUUGAGCUAGUACUAGAAAACUUUAUUUAUCCUUGGUACAGAGAGAUAACUGAUGAUGAAUCAUCCGUGGAUGAACUAAGAGUAACAUUACGAUUUUUUGCAUCUGUGUUACUUCGCAGAAUUUACAAGGUGAAUAUUCCAACUAUUACAACAACAAAAAUGCUGAAAGCAGCAAUGAAGCAUAUAGAAGUAAUAGCGAAAGCUAGACAGAAAGUAAAAAAUACAGAAUAUUUACAGCAAGCAGCUUUAGAAGAAUAUGGACCAUCACUCCAUGUGGCUUUGAGAAGUAGAAGAGAUGAACUCAAUUAUUUAAGAAAACUUACUGAACUUCUUUUUUCCUAUAUUCUGCUUCCAAAGGCAACAGAUUGCGGGACAUUCACCUUACUCAUAAAAGAAAUCCUAUCGGGUUCUGUUUUCCUUCCCUCUAUGGACUACUUAGCUGAUCCGGAUACUGUGAACCACUUAAUACUUAUCUUCAUUGAUGACAGCCCACCUGAAAUAGCAACUGAACCUGCUUCACCUUUGGUUCCUUUCUUGCAGAAAUUUGCAGAACCUAGAAGCAAAAUAUCUUCUGCCUUGCACUUUGAACUGAAAGAAUUUGAAGACAAGCAGGAUCUUUUCUUUCUAUUUAUGAGUUUUUUGAAGAAAGAAGGAAAAGUACACGUAUUGCAAUUUUACCUGGAGUUAGAGCAAUUUAAUAAUAGAAUUUUGCAGGCAGAAUUAUCAGAUUCUGAGAAAAUGUCCCUCCAUGAAGAAGUCAAGAAAAUCUAUGAAACAUAUUGCUUAGAUGAAAGCGUUGACAAAAUUAAAUUUGAUUCUUUCAUUGUGGAAGAGAUACAAAGUAUUGCUGAAGGCCCCUAUAAGGAAGUUGUGAAGCUACAACAAAUGCGGUGUUUCUUUGAAGCCUAUGAACAAGUUUUCUCGCUCUUAGAGAACGUCUUCAUACCUAAAUUCUGCCACACGUAUGAGUAUUUCAAGCACCUCUUUCAAGAAGUUGAAUCCCCAACACGCAAUUCCAAGUCAAACAAAAGCAUGCAUAGAAGAGAAUCGUCUGGAAUCAGAAGUAUAAGCAGCAAAAUUAAAGGAGUAUUCAAAAGCACUACAAUGGAAGGGGCUGUGCUACCUGACUAUCUCCUCGCUGAAGGAGAGGAUGAUUUUAUUGAAGAAGGCAUUAUGGUAAUGGAAGAUGAUUCACCUGUGGAGGCACUUAGUAUGCCUAAUACACCUCGCAAUCUUGCUGCUUGGAAAAUUACCAUUCCUUAUGUUGACUUCUUUGAAGACCCCUCCCUUGAAAAGAAAGAAAGGAGAGAGAGAAUUCCUGUAUUUUGCAUUGAUGUGGAAAGAAAUGACAGGCUGGCAAUUGGGCAUAAACCUGAACGCUGGUCAGUCUAUAGAAGAUACUUUGAAUUUUAUGUGCUGGAAUCAAAGCUAACAGAAUUUCAUGGUGCAUUCCCUGAUGCUCAACUUCCCUCAAAGAGGAUUAUUGGACCAAAGAAUUAUGAAUUCUUAAAAUCAAAGAGAGAAGAAUUUCAAGAAUACCUUCAGAAACUUUCACAACAUCCAGAGCUAAGCAACAGCCAACUUUUGGCUGACUUCUUAUCCCGUAAUGGUGGAGAGACACAGUUUCUUGAUAAAAUAUUGCCUGAUGUAAAUUUAGGUAAAAUUAUAAAAUCUGUUCCUGGAAAAUUAAUGAAAGAGAAAGGCCAGCACUUGGAACCAUUCAUUAUCAAUUUUAUUACCUCCUGUGAGUCUCCCAAGCCUAAACCAAGUAAACCAGAAAUUACUAUUCUCAGUCCUACAUCCGAAAACAACAAAAAGCUUUAUAAUGAACUCUAUAAGAACAAUGCGAACCGUUCUGAGAAUUUAGAAAGAAGACAGAAUGAGAACUAUUUCUUGAAGAUGAUGACAAUUGAAGGAGUUUAUGACUUCUUAAUGUAUAUUGCUAGAGUUGUUUUCCAUAUCCCUGACUGGCUUCAUCACAUCUUGAUGGGUGGAAGGAUUCUCUUCAAAAAUACCUUAGAAAAAUAUAUAGACAACUACUUGCAGUACAAACUAGAACAGCUCUUUCAGGAACACCGUCUGGUCUCACUGAUAACACUUCUCAGAGAUGCUGUAUUUUGUGAGAAUUCUCAACCUCGCUCUCUCCAAGAUAAGCACAAACGGGCAAAGCAGACCUUUGAAGAAAUGAUGAAAUACAUUCCAGAUCUGAUAGGUAAAUGUAUUGGGGAAGAUGCAAAAUAUGAAGGCAUAAGACUUCUAUUUGAUGGAUUGCAACAGCCAGUACUUAACAAACAGUUAACAUAUGUCCUACUGGAUAUUGGGAUUCAAGAACUAUUUCCAGAGUUGAAUGGUUGAAAAGAAUGGUUCCUUUAUCUUAUCAAGAUCACAUACAGAUCAAGAUAGUGAAUUAACUCCGUUGACUGCUGUGUGCUAAUUUAAUGACUAGGUUAUUUGUUUAGUCUUGUAUAUUUGUUUGUACAUAUAAUU